AUAAUUUUAACGAUUAAUUUAAAUUCACAUUAUUACGGCUUCGACCGUGUAUUCAAUUUUAACGAUUGUACAGAGUUUUCCAGGGGUUCUCAUAGUUGUGGGCCACUUCCUUGACUCUUUCCUAUUGGUAGUGAACUUCAUAUGAUGGAAAUUGGACACUAUGGCACCUUUUUUGGACAGACGCCUUGGAAAUUCCUAUUAGAUUUGUUCAACAAGAGUGCUAUAGAGCCCAAUUCCCAUUACAUUAAGUUCAUUUCCCGUAAGAAGGAGUCAAUAAAGUGUCCCACAGGUAUGAGAACUCCUGGAAAGCCUUGUAAAUAUAUAAAUGUUCAAAAUUCAUUUUAAGCUACCCCGAAUCAGUCCAACAAUCUUGUUCAGUAUCUGUCGCUUUCAAUUUCUUGAUAUUAGUCUUAUAGCUGCCAGGAUCAUUUAAAAAAAUGGUGUUACUGUUUGUAGGGUAGCCCGCUCUCGAGUAGUGCAACCAUGCAACAGUCCCUUGAUACAGUAAAUGCCGAUUUCAGCGUCUGAGGUAGAUUAACCAUCCCAUAAUGUAGCGUAUCCCAUCACAAUAGCUCAUCCACUAAUGGAAGGAUACACAAUAAAGCAAUGGUUAGAGCAAUGGUGCGUACGUUGGUUCGAUUAUCCAGUCGCUACCAUACUCCACCGAUCAUGAGCGAAGAAUGGUUUCUUGAAAAAGUGGAUGCAUUGAAUGCAAAGAUCAAUAAACAAAAAAUUGUGUUCUAUCUAAAUGUUACAUAAACUUGUCAGGAGCGCGUGCGCUGAUCGCGAUUAGGGAGUGCUGCAUGAUUUACGAAGGAAUCUAUUCCACUAUCUAUCCUCUUCUACUAUUAAAAAAAUAAUUUGCCCGAUGGACAGGCAGGCUAGGCAGGAUAGAGCAUAACGAAUCUUGUAAAAUCUGUAACAAAAGUAACUUUUUAUCCUUUUUUGAUUCUCUCUCUCUUUCGAUGAUACUACUUGGGAUAGCAUAGCUUCCGAUGCAAAUUUAUGUGUAUUAGUACAACUACAGUUCUUUAGAUUAGUGUAAUACCCCAUAAGUGAACAGAGCUAGCCUUUCAGCAGACAUAUAAAAUGCAAUGAAAAACCUACACCUUUAAGUAUAGAGCUUUCUAAUCAAGAGACCUAGCAAAAGCGAUAAAAACUGUUCCUUGUCCCUGAGAUUCUCUCUUAUCCUAGUUACACUGUACCUCCAAUGUUCUAGGAUAGAUCUUAUAAUAAUGUGGUAGCUUUUGCAAUUGGAUAACUUGCCUGCUGACUGUAAUUUUAAAAGGUGUGAGCAACAAAUGCAAAUAAUUGACCAUCCACGGUUGUGCAUCAAACGAAUGCGAAUGGUUGUGAAUCAUGAAUUUAAUGAUACCUCAUUUAUCGUCCUUGUUGUGCUCGGUGAACAAAUGCUAUAAAACCACGGCUUCGUUUUCAACCAACUUCAAAUCCAAUUCAUCUCGCAAACCGAAGAAACGUAGACCGUAACCGUACAAAAUACGUGACAGACAAUCUUUUUUCGCAGUUUCUAUUCUCGUUGCUACAAACGCACUUCCAACGUAGCAGUGGCGUAUGGUUUGUUUGAGCGAACCUUCAGAAAAUGUAAGUAUAUUGUUCGCAUUUUAUAUUCAAUAUAAUGUAGUUUGAAUUCUUUUUUUUUUUUGUUUGACACUGCCAAUUCAAAAGCUAAGGAACGUUUGUGUUUAUGUUUGUUCUAGCAGUACCAAUAUGAAUGGGUUUGCGCUAUUUCUAUCGCUGUGCCUACUUCUAAACACUCAAAGUGCCACACUCGCGCAAGAAGAAGUGUCCUUUCUAGAUGAUCAACCGAUCUUAACAGUUUACCGUAACCUGCACAAGCAGUUUUUUAACUAUGUCGGUCCAAACAGUGAAAAUCCGGAACGAUUGAAACAGGCACGCUCGCAAGGGGUACGGAAAUGACAUUGGAAAUGGCCACACAAUCGAAUAUUAUACUAAUUCCUGCCUUCUAUCCCUUGUACUGUAGAAAAUUCAAUUCCCCAUUUCACCUGAUCAACCGUUUCCUUGUCCUACCGAGGGUAUGCGCAGUGCAAGGGUUCCUACCUCUGUCCACGAACUACGCCCGGGCGAUAUCGAUGUAGUGGCAGCCCUCGGCGAUUCCCUAACGGCCGGCACGGGAGUACUUGCGACCGGCAUCCUUGAGCUGAUCAUCGAAAAUCGAGGCCUAUCGUGGUGCAUCGGUGGCCAGGGCACCUGGCGUCAGUAUCUAACGCUUCCGAACAUUCUGAAGGUGUUCAAUCCUAACCUAAAUGGCUAUGUCGUUGCGGACAGUUUAUCGAUUGACAGGGCGUCGAGAUUUGAUGUCGCUGAGAUUGCUGGAAUGAGCCAGGAUCUGCCGCAUCAGGCAAGAAAUCUUAUCAAACGCAUGAAAGCGGACCGCUCGGUUAGCAUCAAGAAAGACUGGAAACUUAUAACUAUUUUUAUGGGGCAUAACGAUUUCUGCAGCCGGAUCUGCUUCUUACCCAAGCCUGAGAAAGCCCUCUUCCAGCAUGAGCAAAAUUUGCUCACAACGUUGCGAUUACUUCGCAAGUAUCUACCGCGUGCGAUGGUUAAUAUUGUUGCAACAAUUGGUAAGUUUACUUGGUGUUGCCUGGUCAUCUCGACAAUUUCUUAUAUCCUAUCGUUCUUCCCUCCUCCUCCUUCUCCUCCACCACCAGAUGUUACCGUAUUGAGAACGUUCUCUCCACGCCCUGCAUCAUGCGUCACUACGCACGCCUUCGAGUGUCCUUGUGUGUUCGGUACCAGAUACGCAUCGUUCCAACCACGCCUAGAGUACAUCAUACACCAGUGGAACCGGAUACAGCAGUCCGUGGCCGAGCGGGAGGAGUUCAACAAUGCGACCGAUUUCGUCGUGAACUUUCAACCGUUUCCGGAGCAGCUGACACUGCCAACACUCCAGAACGGGGAUACGGAUGCUGGCAUCGCAUCGGUCGAUUGUUUCCACUUCAGCCAACGGGGGCACGCGAUCGCGGCGAACAGCUACUGGAACAACCUGAUCGACAUGGAGGGCAACAAGACGGAGCUGGUGCAGCGAGAGUUUGAACGUUUCAGCUGUCCGAUGAAGGGAAGGCCUUUUUUGGCGACGCGUAAGAAUAGUUUGAAGAAAGUCUGAAGUGGAAGAAAAAUAGGGAAUCAAGCCAAGGUUAGAGAGACAUUGGGGGGAUACACACCGAGGGUAGAUAAUUGUUAUAUUAAUGUUAUUUUAAUGACAAAUGUGUUGUUACGGUUUUUAUUAUGAUAAAGUGUAAAUAAAGUUGGUUCAUAAAUAAGAAAUAUACGACCCA